GGACUUCUUCGGGAGAGUCGUGGAGAGUGGACGUAGGGAAGUCCGCGUUUUGCGAUCUGGAGCGUGUGAGAAUCCGCAGGUUUGACAGUAUUUCUCUUUUCGUACUGUGCGCACAGAGAGCAUUUGCUCGUCAAACUUACCCGCGGCCCGUCUCACUUUAUCUGCGGCCGACUGUUCCAGGUGCGGGGAAUCAGCCUACCACCUAGGCGUUGUUGUUUUCCCUCCUCUGUUGUCUUUUUGUUUCGGUUCUUUUUUUCCUUACUUUGGUCGGCAAAAUGCAGAUUUUCGUGAAGACGCUCACCGGCAAGACGAUCACUUUGGACGUCGAGCCUUCCGACACCAUCGAAAAUGUCAAGGCCAAGAUUCAGGAUAAGGAGGGAAUUCCGCCUGACCAGCAGCGUCUGAUUUUCGCAGGCAAGCAGCUCGAGGACGGCAGAACCCUUUCCGACUACAACAUCCAGAAGGAAUCCACUCUCCACUUGGUCCUUCGCCUUCGUGGUGGCAUCAUCGAGCCAUCUCUUGCGUUGUUGGCCCAGAAGUACAACUGCGAGAAGAAGGUGUGCCGCAAGUGCUACGCUCGUCUCCCGCCCCGCGCCACGAACUGCAGAAAGAAGAAGUGCGGGCACAGCAACCAGUUGCGCCCUAAGAAGAAGCCCAAGAACUAAGUCUUGCGUUACAGUACAGAGAAUACUGCGUCUGCAUCUCCGAACUACUCUAGCGUUCUCUUCUCUUCGUGUCUUGGAAACCUGGGCGCACACUGUGCCCUAUUCUGCUGUGGCUUUAGCGAUGUGGUAGACUGCGUCUGUUGUCUGUCUGGUCGUACGGACCUUCCCGUGUUACGUGCAUAGAUGCGUGCGCGUGUGUGUGUUCGUGUCACGUGGAACUGAAGGAUCAAUCUAGCAGACGAGCAGCGAAUCAACACACCCCCCUGGACCGGCGGGAGAAGCUUGGGGUGGAUACGCUCUUGAGCGAAAUCCUCGAAAGCCGCUUCCAGAGUCAACACGGAUGCUGAGCGGUUCGCUGUCGCAGAAAGACCUUCUGACAGGGGGCAAAAACACACUUGGGGAAAAUGUAAGUUGCGGAGGACGACGGGGGCGAAGGAGCUGAUUUGAUGCAUGCACGAAUUUUAGGAUUUGGCUUGGAUGCGAUUUCAUCGGAGAGGCACAGACGGAUGCACAAAUUUCGGAACACUAUCCAGACAGUGUGUUUUUGCGGAUAUACUCCCAGCGAAACGUCUGUUAACUUGUUUUAGGAUUUUUAAAUAGAGCAACAGAUCGAGGCAGCAACGGAUCUCGAGCGAACAGUGUAAAUGGAUGUUGUGUAUAGUAGGGUUGUGCACUUCUGCAUCGAUCACCAGAACGCCCAUAUUCGCUAGAUGUAGAUGUCGCGUGAAAGUGAACCAGCAAAAACCAUGCUGGACUGCCGCAACAGUCCAGGCAGAAAGUAGCAGCAUACUGCUCAAUCUUCCACGUUUCGAUUUUGUGACCGUCGCAACGGGGAACGGGAAGGUCGGGUUUUGGAUGUGUCCACUUACCUCCAUUCACAGGCACUAGAGCAGAUGCAAUAUCUCAGCGAAUGAGGCAGUCGGUGGGGACUAGACAAUGUGUUUAUUAAUAGACGACGGCGGCUGUCUGCCGGCAUUUUGUUCUGUCUGACCCGAACUAACGCUGGACAAAAAUGGAAAGACCAUUUCUCAAACAGGCUCCAGUUCGCUUAGUCUUCGUGGUGUCGCGGUCGCUUACCGAUCUAAAAUAGCGAUGUCCUUUCGUCGUUUAUAUACUUCUAGUGAUGUCUGCCAAGUUCCUUGAAGCUAUUUAGCUCACUGCGUACUUAAAGACUCACUACUGAUACGAGGAAAUAGGGAUCGCGGUAGUUCUUUGGCAGACGGAACACAGACGAGCUACGUGUGCCCCCUGAGUCUAUCAAAACACCUACCGAAGUUUAGUGACUGCAGCGGAAAUUCUGUUUCGUGCAACGCCAGCGGACAAAAGUGAUGUCAUGAGUUUUUGGAAUAUCCAUCUGAAUAGCCACUGCAUCUAUCCGCUUAGCUGAUGUGAAUCUACUUGAACGGUCUGGUGGAAAGUGGUCGGUUUCCGUUUCUGCGACCAAAUUCACUCUGCCCCAAUCAAAUGCAAGCCGUCGUAGGGCUGCCUUCAUAUUUCUGUGUACCGUGAUGCAUGUGGUACACCUCGAAGAUGAGUGGCGCGUGGACGGAUUUCGCCACAUUGUGUUGGGGUCCCCAGUGUGAUAACUUCUGCGUCCCGAAACAGACAAAAGAACCCAACGGGAUUUCUGAAACGAUGGUGAGACUGGAGAGACACGCGCGAAUAGACGACCUACUGAUCCUAGUGCCCCGGUUUGCACGGAAACUGACUUUACCAAUCUCCUCCCAUCGUGCUGGCUUCCCAGGCUGCUCGCUGUUUAUCCCGUCGGUUGCCUACCAGCGAAAGGUCUAGCUGGAACAAACUAGCCCUGACAAUACUCCUUGCCUUCCCUAUUCGGCGCAGAGGAAUGCUAUUUUUCGUGAGGUUGGAGAUGCUUCACCGAUGGACGCGACAUCCUCGGUCUGAAAC